GGUACCAGUGGAGACACAUAUCAGAGUAACUACUCAGCUAAUUGUAAUUGAAGUUAGAAUCAUAAAAUACAUAUUAACAUUAGGAGUCAGAUAGAAAGGUAAUAAUACAGUAAGUUAAUACCGUAAGUACAAGUAAGUUAGAAUCAUAGAUAUUACAAUAUCAGGUCAGUCAGACUGAAUUAGUUCAUUCAUUGAUUGAUUGGGGUCAUCAUUGAUAUCCGGUACAGUUAGUUAAGAUGGCCGACUACGUCAACAAACAGGUGAUUGAAUUAAACAAAGUUAAUGAAGAAAACCGGAACAGAGCAACGAGGAGCGUGAAGACUGAGACCCAUCUCUCAGAUGGAAGACUAAGACUCUACAGGCUGGCUGCUGUGUGUUUUGGAGUGCUGUGUCUUCUACAAGUCACCCUCAACAUCUCCCUGAGACUGGCUUUCUAUAACAGAGGAAAUGAGACUGUGGAGAGAGACCAGCUACAGACCAGUUAUAACACACUGACUGAAGAGAGAGACCAGCUACAGACCAGUUACAACACACUGACUGAAGAGAGAGACCAGCUACAGAAGGAAAGAGAUGAUCUCAUGAGAAAGUUCUCUAAUCUGAAACAAACCUGUCCUGAUGGCUGGCAGAAGUUCAACUCCAGUUGGUACUUCCUGUCUACUGAGACUAAAACCUGGAAGGAGAGCAGAGAGGACUGUCUGGAGAGAGGAGCCGACCUGGUGAUCGUAAACAGUGAUAUGGAACAGCAGUUUCUCUUAGGCCUCAAUAAGGGAGCCUGGAUUGGUCUGACUGAUUGUGUUACCGAGGGGACCUGGAGAUGGGUGGACGACACCCCACUGACCAUAAGUUACUGGCACUCACAGCAACCUGAUAAUGGUCGUGACGACCCAAAAAAUGGGGAGGAGGACUGUGUUGAGCUGAACAUAGAAACCUGGCGUCCUGCAAAGGCAUGGAAUGACCAGUCAUGUUUAGACAAUCGUCACUGGAUUUGUGAGAAAGUGGUUUAACAUCACCAUGACAACAGAGGAGGCUGGUGGGAGGACGCACGGUGGGAGGACAUACAGCACCUUACAGUGCACACAACUUCAUUCUCUCUCUCUCUCUCUAAGACACACACACGCACACACACCAACACACUGCUGGUACUGCACUGAGGGGCAAAACAACCUGAUAAUGGUGGAGUACCAAGAUAUAACUAGGACUGUGCUGAUGGUAAUAUUGGGUAUUCUGAACCUGUAUAUAAAUAUUAUGACAUAUCAUUUACCUCUCAACAUAACUGGAUUUGUGAAGAGUUAUACAGUAGCUCAUUAUAUAGUAGUGCUACAGUGCAAAUGCAUCUCUCUCUAGUUAAACAGUGUGUAGACAUACUGUCAUCUGUAAAAUGCUUGUAUUCAUUGUUUUAAAUAGAAACAUGUUAUGUGAUUUGCCAUAGGCUUGUGCUUUUUUCAUAAUCAAUUAUUAGUACAAAUCUCUUUAGUAAAAGAUGAGGCUCAGAAAAGAAAGGCUCAGUAAGAAAGGAACCUAGCAAUUUACCAGCUUCCUGAUUGAAUGUGAUUGGAUUGUUAAAACAAUGUGACUUGCAGUUGGACACAGACGGUCGGCAGAACAGUACUGAGAGGAUACAUGCAGCACGCAGGCAGACACACAGACACACAAACAGACACACACAGACACAAACACACAGACACACACACACAAACACACAGACACACACACACACAGUUAGAAAGGUUAAUCACAUAGUUAGUUCAGAUGUAUGACUACUUUAACAAACAGGUUAUUGAAGAACACGAGAAGAGCAACAAGGAGAGUAAUUACUGAGACCCGUCGCUCAGGUAAGAACUAAGAAAACUAUCUAUCACACACAUACACGCACAUGUGCACACCUUGAAUUUCGUGAUUUUAGGCGCAAGGCUAUUUGGCCUUCGAGAUGGCCCCCAUGUUGCCAGGGCACCAAGGCCAUCUGCUAGGGCACCCUGUCCAUGAUCCACAAUAACCAGUUAAAUUGAUUU